AUGAACCAAACCACACAUAAUCAGUCUAGAAAAUGGCACAGAAAUGACAUCAAGAAACUUCAAUCACAAACACAAAUCUCUAAAGGGGCAGACCCCAAGUUCCCUAGGAACACGAGCUUUGCCAAGAAACACAAGAAGGGCCUGAAGAAGAUGCAGGCUGACAGUGCCAAGGCCAUGAAUGGUCUUUAUGAGGCUAUCAAGGCCCUCAUAAAGACCAAGGAGGUCAAGACCAAUAGUUCAAAGGGCAGCAGCUACAAGCUCAGUCAACUUGCCUACAUUACCCCAAGAUUGGGAAAUGUGUUUGUGCCGGAUUGCCAAGGGUCUCAGGCAUUGCCAAAGGCCAAGGCCAAGGCUCAAACCAAGCCCCAGGCUGUGGCUGACACUGUAGUCCCAGCUCCAGCUCCAGCUCCAGCUCAGGCUUCCAAAGGUGCCCAGGCCCCCACAAAAGCUCCACAAUGGAGGCCUCUGUCUGCUGGUAUAAGGAUGGAAGAACUCGUGUGA